AUGGAAACAUCGAAAGCUUUUAUAAUUCCCCAAGCUAAUGCUGCAAGGUCUCUAUUUGAUCGCAUGAUAGAUAUGGACAGAGGAGUUGAAGAGUCUAUAAAAGCCAUAGCCUUUUGGAUUUGGCUAGAGUCACGAGGUUUUCCAGAUAUCAUUACAGAGCUGUCUUCUCGUGACGAUAAGUUCUUGGAUUUUAUAUUUGAUGAAGCCAAUACUGUUUUGACAUCUCUAAAAAAGAACUCCUUUCCACCAAAUCUUUUGCGUGUCACUAUUACAACCUUAGCAGGACGACGGUUCUUGUCUCCUAGUGUCAUUCUCGCCGACAAAGAAAAGGUGUUGGAGAGUAUCUUGGAAAUCUGUAAGAAAAUAUGUUUGGUGCUCUUUGAAGAUAUACUGAAUGAGAGAGGCAUUGUCAUUGAUAUCGAACAACAGACAAAUAAGGGGAUAACUGAAUACAGCAACAGUAAAGCUAGUGCACCACUAAAAUCACCAUUACCAUCAUUAGAAUCCAAGUUGAAUCCUUUUGCUAAAGAAUGGAAUCCUACAUUAGAGAAAGCACCCGAAGAAGAUCGCUGCUUGUUCUUAACUUUUUCAAAUGGAUAUCCUCUCACUGAAUAUCAAAUCACCAACUUUUUUACCCAGAAAUAUGGGCCGUUCGUAGAAAGGGUGUAUGUGCAUUGGCCAAAUCCGAAGAAUGGAAAAAAGACAUCUCCAUUGUUUGGAAAGGUUGUUUUUAGGGCGUCUUUUAUACCCAUUUUGAUUUUAAACGGACAAAAUGAAGUAAAGUUCUGGGUUGAUGCAAAACCUCUCUGGUGCAAAAGAUUUGAUCCAGAGAAGAAGAACCGCAGGAAUUCUUGA